AUAUACUCCCGGAUACUCCCAUUGCCCAAGCGGGGCCCAAAGAGCAUCCCAGAGAGAAACGGGCCCGAAAACCAAGGGGGUUGAUCGCUUGCUGGCACUGCAACGUGGCAAGUGGCCGCAAUCCUCACCGCAACGCUGCUCAGGACAAAAGCGCGCAGGCACGCAAGCAAGCGGUUGAUUCCAGCGCUCUGGAUGGGCGUUUCACCUGAUUCCCAGGUUUUGAUCGCCAACCAGGGCGAGGAACCCAGAAGCGAGGAAUUGCCUCAGCAAGCACAGGGUUAAGCGGGCGCAGCGGUUUCCGGCAAUCGUCAACCGCGGCCCCUUUAAGCGUGGAAGGGCUCGCCUUAUCUGCGCAAGCGGAGCAGCAGCUGGGAUGUGCCGCGGCGAGGAGGGCAAAGGGAAGAGGAAGCGAACGGCCGCGUUUGUCCGGGCAACUUCGGAGGAGGCCUAAAUCCGGGACUGCACCGGACGUGACCAUCCUCGGGAACGACCUGAAAUGCCUUAGCGCUUUGCAGUCCUCUGCUCCCUCUCGGUGGGGAGCAGGGCUCAGGCAGAGGCUGAGCAACAUGAACCGGGUCCAGCUAAAGCGCUCGACGAUCCUGAAAAUGGCCCUUGGCGGUGCGUCGGAGCCGCUGCUCCAGCAGCAGCAGCAAGAGGAGGAGGAGGAAGAGGAAGAUGGCGAGGGCAACAGCAGCAAGGAGCCGCCGUUUCUCUUGCGGGCCCUCCAGAUCGCCGUAGUGGUCUGUCUAUACUGGUUCAUUUCUAUCACAAUGGUCUUCCUCAACAAGUAUUUGCUGGGCAGCCCUUCGCUGCGCCUGGAUGCGCCGCUCUUCGUCACUUUCUACCAGUGCCUUGUCACCGUGGUCAUCUGCAAACUGCUCAGCCUGCUGGCCUCCUGCUGCCCGCCAGGCUUUGUGAACUUUCCCUCCAUCCGCAUGGACCUCAAGGUCUCCCGCAGCGUCCUACCCCUUUCCCUUGUCUUCAUUGGCAUGAUCACCUUCAACAACCUGUGCCUCAAGUUUGUUGGAGUGGCCUUCUACAACGUGGGCCGCUCCCUCACCACCGUGUUCAACGUGCUCCUCUCUUACUUGCUUCUGAAGCAAACCACAUCCUUGUACGCCCUUCUUUCAUGUGGAAUUAUCAUUGGUGGCUUCUGGCUUGGGAUAGAUCAAGAGGGAGCAGAAGGCACUCUGUCCUGGGCAGGCAUCAUUUAUGGGAUACUUGCCAGCCUCUGUGUCUCACUGAACGCUAUUUACACUAAAAAAGUUCUGCCUGCUGUGGAUGGCAGCAUCUGGCGUCUGACUUUCUAUAACAAUAUCAAUGCUUGUGUCUUGUUUUUGCCCCUUCUGUUGCUCACAAGUGAGUUCUUCACGCUAUACCACUUUGAUAAAUUAGGGAGCAUCCAUUUCUGGGGCAUGAUGACUCUAAGUGGGAUAUUUGGCUUUGCUAUCGGCUAUGUGACUGGACUUCAGAUCAAGUAUACCAGCCCCCUUACACACAAUGUUUCUGGGACCGCCAAAGCCUGUGCCCAGACAGUGUUAGCUGUCUGCUAUUAUGAACAGAUCAAGAGCUUUUUAUGGUGGGCUAGUAACAUGAUGGUUCUAGUGGGCUCUUUUGCAUAUACCUGGGUAAAAGGGUUGGAGAUGAAGAAGGUACAGGUAGAACCUCUUCCAAAAGCAAAUGACAAAAAUGACAAUCUGGUCUGAAUUCACUGAAGGAAUAAAAUGAAGUUUAACUAGCAAGAGACAGCUUAAUGUUUCCAGGCAAGUGUAGCCUGUGAUUACCCUGUAGAAAAUAGAAGAUACGCCAAGGUUUCCAAUGUACUGCAUAUUUGCUAUAAUAAUCACUGGAAAGGGAAAGGAUAAAUUUUUACAAGUGAUUUUCUUUUGCAAACGCCUUGUCUUUAGUAAAGGUGAGGGUGUACUGUUAAAAACUAAACAAGUAGGACUAGGUAGGUCCUUUCUCUACUUGCUUGAAGUUAUGUGUGUUUUCUGUUGAUAUAAGUUUCUCUUUGUCUCCUCACACAUCACACUCAGCAGUCUAGUGCGUUUCCUGGAGAGGCAGGAGAACAGUUCUCUUAGUUGCUGGUUCUGUUGCCCUUGUGGGGCAAACAAGUUGCAAGGAAUACAGG